GGUAGGGGUGAGAAGGGUUAAAAAAGAAGCUUGUUUCUUGGAUGGUAAUCCUUCUUGUAUUGCUAACUUUAAUGUGAAGCGACAAAGGUGUAACUCUGAGGUAACAAACUCCCCCCUUUCUCUCCCUUUGCCUGUUUCCUUUUUUCUCUUUAGUAAAAUGUAUUUUUCUGUUUCUCCUUUUCUUUGACCUCCUUUGGUUAAAAGUUUAAUAAUUUCACCAUCUUUAUGCUUUUUCUUCAUCUGGGUUUUGAGAUUUCUCAGAUUUUGUACACGGUAACUAGUUAAAAAUGUCAAAAGGACUUUCAUCUUCUGUAGGUAAUAUCCAAGGUCCAUAUACGGACGAGGUAUUGGUGUGCCAAUUUACGCACUUGAUCAAUGCCCAAGGCUGUCUAUGGUUGGGGAAAGAUCCAUUUAAUUUUACUUUACCAGUUCUAUUGUUACAGUUUGUUGUAAUUACAACGGUCGCUAGUAUUACUUGGAUAAUUCUCAAACCUCUUAAACAGAGUAUGGUCAGUGCACAACUUAUCACCGGUAUCAUUUUGGGUCGAUCCUUUUUGGGGCACAUUCAAGUUUAUUCCGACAAGUUAUUUCCUCCAGGAGGAAGAUUGGUACUUGAAACAUUUGCAGAUAUUGGCUUCAUGUUUCAUAUGUUUAUAUUAGGAAUAAAUGUUGAUAUAACAUUGGUGAGGAGAGCAGGAAACAAUGCUGUAGUAAUUGGUGCUACGUGCUUUUUUCUGCCUUUAGCAAUUGGGAUUUUGGCCAUUCUCAUUGUACCUCAUUUUGUGAUAUUAGACGAGUCAGCCGAGACUUCUCUACCUUUUGUUGCAACGAUAAAUGCAAUAUCUCCAUUUCCUGUAAUAACAAGUCUCCUCAGUGACCUUAACAUUCUUAAUUCUGAGAUUGGAAGGAUUGCUACUUUGGCAUCCUUAGUUUGUGACAUUUGCCAAUACUUAGUGUCCGUGGUUAUUGGUUCAGUUGGUUUGACAUUAAAUUCUGAAGCUAGUGUCUUCUGGUCCAUUAUAUGGGGUCCUUGCUUUCUGAUCGUCAUUAUAUUUGCGCUUCGUCCCAUAAUUUUACACCUAGCUAAGCAUAUACCAGAAGGACAACAAAUGAAAGAGUUCCAAUUCAUAUUCAUUGUUGUAAUAGUCUUGAUAUGUGGAUUUCUUGCUCAAAGUCUUGGCCAGCCUCCUGCACUUGGAACUUUUAUUUUGGGCAUGGCUAUACCAGAUGGACCGCCUUUGGGAUCUGCUCUGGUGUAUAAGCUUGAAAUAAUAAAUUCUGGCUUGCUUGUUCCAGCCAAGUUUGCACUAAGUGGUUUAACUAUGGACUUAUUCUCAGUCAAAAAAGGAAACGCUGGAGCCGUAUAUGGGGUUCUCAUCUUCUUUGGUUAUGCAGGAAAGUUCACAGGCACCUUAAUUCCUGCACUUUACUACAGAAUUCCCUUGAGGGAUGCUGUCUCUCUUUCUCUUAUUAUGUGUUGCAGAGGUAUCAUUGAAGCUGUUAUGUACAUAACAAUGCAAGAGGAUGGGAUCAUAGACAGUGAAGCAUAUGCCCUUCUGUUAAUCUCAAUGCUGAUCGUAACAGGAAUUGCAAGGCCUUUGAUAUUUCACCUCUACGACCCAUCAGCAAGGUACUUUCAUCAUCAAAAAAGCAGCAUUCUAUGCUCGGAUCCUUUUAGUGAGCUCCGGAUGCUCGUCUGCAUUCACAGUGAAGAAAAUGUCCCGACUCUUAUAAGUGUCCUCGAAGCCUCGACCCCCCAGAGAAGAAGGCCUAUUGCUGUUUUCGUCCUGAAUCUAAUGGAGCUUAAAGGCAGAGCAGCAGCCGUGCUUGAGCCGACUAUUGGUAAAAGCAAAAAGCUCACUACUUCAAGAAGCUGGUCAGAACAAAUUGCCAAUGCUUUCAACUUGUUCGCACAGCACAAUCACGGCUGUGUGUUUGUUCAAUACUUCACCUCAAUUGCUCCGUAUGCUAGCAUGCAUGAUGAUAUUUGUUCAGUCUCACUAGAACAAAACACGAAUAUUGUAAUCGUGCCUUUUCACAAACAAUGGACUAUUGAUGGAAGAGUGGGAGUCAACUCCCCUUCAAUCAGAAUGGUAAACCUAAAUGUUAUGCAAAAGGCCCCAUGUUCUGUGGGUAUCCUUGUUGACCGUGGACAGAUGGCCGGAAGGCAUUCGAUUUUGGGAGGUCAGUCCAUGCUCCGAAUCACUAUGCUAUUCCUCGGUGGUGCAGAUGACUGCGAAGCUCUAGCAUACACAAGUCGUUUGCUUGAAAAUCCACAAAUCGAACUCACUUUUAUCUGGCUUAGGCCAUGGGAUCACAUGAAGUACGACGAUGAAACAGAGAAGACUAUCGAUACACAAUUGGUUAAUCAGUUCCGGGCAAAUACCAUUGGAAAUCAAAGGGUCGUUUACAAAGAAGAAAUGGUAAAUGACGCAAUAGGAACUACAAAGGUGAUUAGAACAAUCGAAGACAGUUGUGAUUUAUGCAUAGUUGGUAAGUACCAUGAUCCUGAUUCUCAGCUUUUACUAGGCCUUACUGAAUGGAAUGAAUGUCCCGAACUUGGAAUCAUUGGAGACAUGUUAGCCACCUCGGAUUUUCGGUUUUCAGUUUUGGUGGUGCAACAACAGCCUCAAGAAGAUAAAUUUAUGGAGAACCAUCCUUUUCAGACAGUUUCUUGUUGUUCAUCAGGAAAAUAUAGUCUAUAUCAAGAUCAUUCUUAUUCUCUUAAUGAAGAUUUAGGUCAUUCCAAGUUUUAAUUUUGUAAGGUUUUAAGUAGGAACAGAAAAUGAAACUGAUCCAUAGAGCACACAGAAAUAUCAGACAGUUAAGAAUUCUGUUCAGACAUAAACAUUGUACAUAGAAAAUCUACAUGUUUGCAUUUGAAUAUGAUC